UUCAUUGCCAGAGAGCUUUGAACCAUCACAGCUCGUUGUGCUUUGUUUACCUGAAAGUAGGCUUGUUGAACUUUGGCCAAUAUCAAAGAAAUUGAGCAACUUGAAGCAUUUGGAUCUCAUGGACAGCUGUGAGUUAAGAAAAACCCCUAAUUUUGGUGAUAUGCCAAACUUAGAGACACUAAAUUUACACGGUGUGUGAAUUUGGAAGAGGUCCAUUCCUCAUUUGGACAUUGCAGACUGCUUACUUAUUUGAGUUUGGAAGGUUAUCGCAAACUUAAGAAGAUUCCAAAAUUUGUCUGCGUGGGAUCUCUUGAGACUCUCAAUCUCCUUGAAUGCACAAGCUUAGAAGAAUUUCCAGAAAUCUGUGGAGAUAUGCCGCGCUUAUCAAUACUCUAUGUAAAAUACCCGUGGAUAAGAAGCUUACCUCCAUCUUUCAGCAGCCUUAGAAAUUUGCAAUUGACUGAGUGUGAAGUUCUUGAGAGUAUUCUGGACGCCAUUCAAAAUCUUAGAGAUCUCAGUAUUUCAGGUUUCAAUAAAUUUGCAACACUGCCAAACAACCUCUUUGAAUCACAGCAAUUGGGAUGUCUUGGUAUAUACCGAUGUUCUGGAUUGGUAAAGCUCCCCAUAUCUCUUGGAGUUCAAAAGAAGCUCCGUUUGUUAGAGAUAGAUGGAUGUGAGAACUUAAAGAAGCUUCCAAGCUCGAUUCAGAUGAAAUCCCUUCAAAAGCUCAAGAUAUCUAAUUCCCCAAAAUUAGAUACAUUUCCAGAAAUCAAUGGAGAUAUGCAUUACUUGACACAGCUGACUCUGAAUUCUACUGGGAUAAGAGAAGUGCCUUCAUCCAUUGGGCAUCUAGGAGACCUCGAAUAUCUGCAAUUUGAUGAAACUUCGAUGUCUUUACCUCGACGGGUGCAACAAGCUAGAGAAGCUUCCAGAAAACAUUGGUGAUUUGCAAGAUUUACAUAUACUUGAUGCGAGCGAAACUGCAAUCUCCCAACCACCUCCCUCCAUCACUAAGCUUGGCAAACUGUGGAAGUUACGAUUCUCACAUGAACAACAAUUUCAACAUUCCUCAAGUUUUGUCUUGAAUCAAGUAUCAGGUUUAUCCUCCUUGACAUCACAUGAUCUUAAUAAUCACAACAUAUUGAGUGGACUUCCUGAGGAUUUAGGAUCUUUGCACUCUUUGGAAAAUUUGAAUGUAAGUGGAAGCAAUAUUUCUUGUUUACCAAAAAGCUUCAAAGGACUCUUACACCUUCAGCAUCUGAACGUAUAAUUCUGUCAGAAUCUUAAUGAACUGCCAGGAGAGCUACCCCCAAAUUUAAGGGAGCUAUUUGCUGAUUAUCAUCUAACUUUGAAGAGCAGCAAAAAUCUCGUAAUUUGUUGUCUUAAGCUGAACCCAUUUUGGUAUACUGAUAAAUUCAUGGGUUUUUUGAUAAGUUACGGUCCUACUAGACUGGACGCAAGAUUAGAAGCUACAUUGGUCUGCAAGUCUGACCCUGAAAGAAAAUAUUCCUUGGAGUAGAACUACAUCCCUGAAUAUUCGAGGUUCGAGUAUCCUUUCAUUUGUUGUGCCUAUAUACCGUUUGAAACAUUGUGGUAUGCUUCUGACAAUAAAGAAGGGAAGAACCCAAAUGAUGCAAAGGUCUGUUUAUGACUUGUUUUACAUCACAAUUUUCAAAUAUUUUUCUGUCUUUCUUAAAUUUUGUAUUCAACCAAACAUGUAUCAUAAAAUGGUAUGGAAAGUGUAUGUUCUACAUUGUUGGUACAAUUUGUAUGUACCCUUCUCAAAUGAAAAUUAAUUAUAUACCAGGAAUUUGUAUCGAUGAUAGAUGGAUGAAAUUUUUAUUUAUAAUGUUGGUGUUUGAGUGGGAAACAACUUCUCUACCUUAACUAGGUAAGGGUAAAGUUACGUACACACCAUCUUCCUAAGAUCCCUUUAUAUGUAAAAGGUAACUUGGAUUGGGAGAGACAUUUUUAAUUUGAAAAUUAAUGCUAUUAAAAAUAAUUGAGUCCUAUUGGAAGGGGUAUGAGAUUUUAGUAUGUCAUUUGUGAAGCUGAUAUUGGGCUUAUAUAAGAUCUGUUUAGCCAUAAAAAGUAGAAGUAGUAUUUCUGUUUAUGAUGUGUUUGCUGCUAAUUGACUCUCAAGUAUACGGUGAUAUUGUUCCAUAGAAUUUGUAUAUAUAAUGUAAAUAUAAAAACUGGAUGCUCCAUUGUGAGUUGAGAAAACUUCUGUAGCUCAAUAAGCUGAUUGAAGCCUAUUUCUUUUUAAAUUUACAUAAACACUUUAAAACUAUUCUGAAUCCAAACAGGCUCUUAUAUACCUCAAUAGUUAGCUUUUGGUGUGGUUCUCUCAGGUCAGUCAUUCUUUUCUGCUUUUUCUUCUAAAUUAUUAUGAAAUUUUUCUUCAAUUUCUGGACAAUUCCUCAGGUAGGGCAACAAAUUUAUAUCAUUUACAGGAAGGUAUGAUUAAGUUAAAAUGGGGAAAACUUAUAUUUGUCCCCAAUUUGCUACUCAUUUGUUUAAUUUGUCACUGCAAUACUGCAAAAGGGUACAAUGAUAUGUCAUGAAUUAGAAAGAUGAUAACAAGUUUUCUACAGAGGCUUGGAA